AACUUUUCCCAAAAGUUGAUAUCGGUGCACAAUUUACUAGCAAAAUGAUGGCAGACGCUAAUGAUGAUAAAUGGAAAACACGGAAAGAAGCUCUUGAGCAAGUUCUUGCUAUUGUAGAUGCUAACAAGAGAAUUAAGCCGAAUUUAGGUGAAUUUGCACCAAUUCUUAAAUCACGCCUUGCUGAUAGUAAUAAGAACCUUCAAAUGAUGGCAUUGGACAUUUGUGGCAAGCUUGCAACAGCCAUGGGCAAGCCUUUCGAAAGAUACGUAAAAACGUUGGUCGGUCCUGUGACAUCUGUGCUAACAGACCAAAAAGCCACCGUACGCGGUAGCGCAAUUAGUUGUUUGGAGUGCUUGGCGUCUGCUACUGGUCUUGAUCCUAUGGUUUCUUCAUUCGCAACCAGUCUUGGUUCUGAAAACCCUCUGUUGAGAAAAGAUUUAUUACACUGGUUCUCGGAUCGUCUCAAAGAUGCAGAUGAAAAAAAUAAUUUACCAGAUUUACAAAUAUUAGUUCCGUCUUUAUUGUCGUGUUUGCAAGAUCGCAAUGGGGAUGUAAGGAAAGCUGCACAAUCGUGUUUAGGGCCUGUCGUAAAAAGUGCUGGCUAUGAUUUUGUGGUAACAAAAUGCGGAGAUCUUAAGGGAGCCGUAAAACAAACUAUAAUGCCAAUGGUUGAAGCAGUUCGACCAGCACAUGGAACCGUUCAAAAGACGGCAAAAAAUAGUGAAACUGAUGCCUCUGAUGAUAUAGACGAGGAUGAUACACCAAAAUUACCACCUGGAUUAAAACUUAAGCCACCAGCUAGCUCUGCACAGGGUAUACCAACUAGAUCUAUUGCAAUGUCACAUCCCACAUCAACGAAUGAUGCUUCAAGUUCAGGUUUAAUUCCUCCCAAUGGGCAAAAUUCAUUGGCUGCUAAUAAUGCUCCGCCAUCAUUUUGCUA